AUGUCUACUCCUCUCUCUCUGUAUCUCUCUCUCUCUGUAUCUCUCUCUGUAUCUCUCUCUGUGUCUCUCUCUCUCUGUCUCCAGUAUUAUAAUGACUAUGGUGAUAUCAUCAAGGAGACUCUCAGUAAGACCAGACAGAGUGAUAAGAUCCUCUGUGCCAAAACCCUCAUCCUCAGUCUGCAACAGCUGUUCAACGAGCUUCUCCAGGACCAGGGUCCUACUCUGGACAGAACGUCGUCUCACGUCAGCGGCAUCAAGGAGUUGGCCCGGCGCUUCGCCCUCACCUUCGGCCUGGACCAGAUCAAAACCAGAGAGGCUGUCGCUACACUGCACAAGGAUGGUAUAGAGUUUGCCUUUAAGUACCAGAACCCCCAUGGUGCAGAGUUCCCUCCUCCUAACCUGGCCUUCCUAGAGGUCCUCUCAGAGUUCUCCUCCAAACUGCUGCGACAGGACAAGAAGACUGUUCACUCGUAUCUGGAGAAGUUUAUGUCGGAGUCGAUGUCGGAGCGUCGUGAGGACGUGUGGCUGCCCUUAAUCUCCUACCGGAACAGUCUGCUAACAGGAGGAGAGGAUGGGGACCGGAUGUCAGUAACGUCAGGCGCCAGCAGCAAGACCAGCUCCAUCCGCAGCAAGAAGGGGCGGACGCCAAUACACAAGAGUAAACGCAUCGAGGAGGAGAGUAGUGUGGAGGCCUCCUGGCUUCGUGGUAAUGACAGCCUCCAGACACCGGGGGCGCUAACCACCCCUCAGCUCACCUCCACCGUCCUCAGAGAAAACCCACGGCAGGCGGCGGACACACACCUACCUGACCACGACUCUGAACCUGGCUCAGAGAACGACUAUGUACACAAUCCCCAGAUGCAGAUGUCUUGGCUAGGCCAACAGAAGAUGGAGGACAGCAGGAAGGAUAGAACAGCCAUGAACUACAUGAAGGCCCGCAACCAGACUGUCAGACAAACUGUUCGUGGUCUGAUGGAGGAUGACGCAGAGCCAAUCUUUGAGGACGUCAUGAUGUCAUCGCGAGGUCAACUGGAGGACAUGAACGAGGAGUUCGAAGACACCAUGGUCAUCGACCUGCCUCCCUCCAGGAACAGGCGUGAGAGGGCGGAGCUCAGACCAGACUUCUUCGACUCAGCAGCCAUGAUCGAGGACGAGUCGGGUUUCACCAUGCCCAUGUUCUGAUCCAGUGUUCCCGGUCCUUCCUGGAAGGGGGAGGGGCCUUCGACAGGAUGAGCUGUCAAUCAAACGUCAGACUGUCUGUCAGAACUUUUAUCACACACACUUGAACACCCAGACGAACUCUGAUCAGCCAGUUGACGGCCUUGUGUGUGUGUGUGUGUGUGGAUCUGUUGGGAUCUACCCUGAAGCUCCAGGGAUCCACUCACUGACCGGCCGAAGGAUCCCACUCAACCCUGAGAAUUUCGGACAAAAUAUCGUACAGAGUAUCUAUCGUACAUAGAGAAGAUCUUUUAUCGUUCAGUGGAUGUGUGGGUGUGUUGGCUACAAACCGGACAGAAUAUCAGACAAAAUAUCGUACAAAACAUUGUUCCGCAUUUCUUUAAAAAUAUUGUAAACUUUCGGCCCUUCCUUCCUGACUUCUUUUAACUUCCUGUUAUUGUUAGCGUUCUGGCUAAUCUCUCUGCUAGCUCUGUGGUACUCAUGGCCCUGUGCGCCCGGCUAUACAGUCCCCCAUGCCACACAGUUGUAUGGUUGUUUCGUUCCACUUCCGACGUCAUGUAUAGACCCCCCCCAGAUAGAACUUGAUAUUUAAUGUGAUAAAUCUUCUCUCUCACUCCUGUCUCUCUUCCCUUUCAAUAGUGUUGAGAAUAUCCUGUAUUUGGUUUUAUUGGCAAAUGCACCAAACCGCAAGCAAUGGGAUCAGAACUAGAAGAGUUCUCAUUGGCCAUACAAGAGGCUGUGACAUCAUAGCCAAAUCCCAAGCCACUCCCAAUCAGAGCUUCAGACAGACACACCCACGGUGGAAUCGCGGCUUUUUAAAGACAAAUAUAUUUUGAAUUUCAGUAGCUUUAGUACAAAGUUUUAAAUGAAGUGAGUUUUUAAAUUUUUUUUGUCUGAUUUAUUUGUUUGUACAGUUAUCUUUCUGAAAAAGUAUCUUGUUUGUUGCCAAACGGUUGCCUAAAUGCUUAUCUGAUUAGGCCCUACUGCUCAGGCUGUUGCCAUGGAUACCCAGCCUGUUAAGCGCCAUAUAAGGGUGUGUCCAGUGCGACCAUAGAUAGUUGUGCAGGCUCAACAGUCUAAAGUGACUUCCUUUUCAUCUGCACUGAUGAGGAAGACCUGGACAGGUUACUGCUAAUAUCGAGUAGCCUUCUACCAUGCUCUUUUCAGAUCAGUGCAUAUGAAGGUGGAGACCAGCAGAGAAUUACCCCUCUAGUCUUAUGUGGCUGUAGUUACACAUAACAGUUGAUUGGUUGUCUUAUCACUUUGACCCACCCCUAUUGUUCUUCUACUGGCUGGUUAAGCUGCCCUUCUGUAAAUAUCAGAGAUGAUUGGUUCUUUCUGUAGCGAUGGCAUCACCUGCCCUUUAACCUUCUAAAAUACUGUUUUUCUUCCUGUGAACUUGUUGAUCUUAUCUUUUUUAAAUAAAUAAAAUCUGUAAUCUAA